AUGGCUUCCCCAGAACACAACUCCGUCGUCUCCCCAGCAGGCAUCAUCCAUGUCCUCGGCUACACUCCCACAGAGGGCGACCACGGCGUCCCCAUCACCGUCCGCAUCCACUUCCAGCCCGACCUCGCCACCGCCAUGUACGUCCGUCUCGUCGUAGGCACAAAGGCCGUCCCCACAAAGGUCAGGCUUCUACCAUCUGUCGCCUAUGGUCGCUGGCAGCUCCAUGCUGCAGCUCCCCCCCUCGACAAGCCUCUCGCUCCCUCUCCAAAGGUCCUUCUCUCCGUACAGGCCCUCGACGACGAAAACACCAUCCUCGACUCGGUCACCUUUGGCGAGUUCACCUAUUGGUCCUCCGAUCGCCGUAGUGCUGCUGCUUCCUCUUCUCUCCCCAGGCUGCACAUCCCGGAGAGUGCUACUACUAUCCGCAGGCGCUCAAAUAAUGUCCCUUCUCCUAAUGCCCCAGAUUCCCAGUCCCAAAAUGCGCCCCAGCGCUCCAGCACUCGUCUGCAUCGCCGUAUGAAGGCACAGUCUCUCAUCCGCACAAAGCACCAUCCUGCCAACAUCCCAGAGCAGGACGAGCUUUACGCCCAGACCCCCGUCCUUGACCUUGUCACACCCCUUUCCUCCAUCUGCUCUGGCUGGUCUCCGGCCGAAAUCGCAAGCGGUCGCCGUCUCGUCCGCUUCGCCAGGGUCCAGGACGGCAGGCGCCUCAUCGUUUCCUGCGAGUCUAUUCAGCAGGAGGAUUACUGCGAGAACGACAGCGUCAUCUCCUGCAUAUACCGCAGAGAGUCGGACACAUGCUACGUUACCUCUGUCGACGUCAUUUACCUCCUCGAGCGCCUCACCAAUGGCGAGUUCCCCGUAGAGGAGAAGAACAGGAUUAGGCGCAACUUGGAGGGCCUUCGUCCCACCACCGUCUCAAAGCACAAAUCUGGCUUUGGCGAUUUCUUCCAGCUUAUCAUGGACUUUCCAGAUCCAAAGCCUAGGAAUAUUGAAAAGGAUCUCAAAGUGUUUGAGUGGAACUUGCUCGGUCAGGCACUAGAGAAAAUUCUAUCCAAAUACUCCAUAUACACCUCACCCACUCCAGAGUCUGCUCCUUCCGAGUCGCCUCCCAUCAAAAGCCCUGAAGAGAGCCCGGAAUUAUACGCUGUCCAACUCUCCUAUCCGCCUCCUGAAGACCCAAACUCGAGUCGCUUUCUUGACCAGAAAAUGCCCAAGUUUGAAGGCUAUCCCCAAGAUGACUUUACUCUUACAACCGGAUCCCAACCGCAUUCCAACCUCGAUGUCGCCCCGUUCCCUUCUCCAGUAGAUAGCGUCGUGACCACCUCCUCAUCCGCGUCUUCAUCUGCAUCUGCCUUUCCUCUUUUCACGACAACGCCUACUACUACCGAUGCCACGGCCGCCACAGCGUCAGGCGAUGCGGUUUGCACAGGAGGGGACACAUCUCAUCUGUGGACGCCUUCCAGUCACGAUUUUAAACCUGUAGACAACGCGAUGCCGCUUGACAAUUUUGGGAUACUUUCUUCUUACGAAGUUGUUGAGCCUGGCGUUGGUGGCCAAGGUGCUGGGGGGAUCCAUAGCUUUGUGGAUAACCCAAAUCUUGAUUUUGGCAUUUACGACAACUAUACGACGGCCUUUGGAGGCAUUUCAGACGACGCGCUAGCCUCGCUUGCGGAGCCAUAUAACAUUUGA